AUGGCGCGACCGGGCCAGCCUCUGUAUAAACGAGCCUGGCAUUUUGCGCUGGACGUUGCAAGCGGUCGACAUGCUCUGUCGAAGCUGGUUCCUAUGGCUCUGUGGGCAGCCGAUGCUGCGCUCUGUGCCGUGGUUAUCUGGAAAAUCCCGUACACCGAAAUCGACUGGGUUGCGUAUAUGGAGCAGGUUGCCCAGGUUGUCUCGGGGGAACGAGAUUACACAAAAAUCAAAGGUGGCACGGGGCCGCUGGUUUAUCCAGCUGCUCAUGUCUACACGUACACGGGGCUUUACUACCUGACGAACCACGGGAAGGACAUUCUUCAUGCCCAGCAGAUAUUUGCAGCUCUUUAUCUGGCGACGCUGGCAGUGGUCAUGCUGUGUUAUUGGCAAGCCAAGGUCCCGCCAUACAUCUUUCCACUGUUGAUCCUAUCCAAACGCCUCCAUAGCGUCUUCCUUCUCCGAUGCUUCAACGACUGCUUUGCCACCUUUUUUUUCUGGCUAGCACUAUUCUGCUUCCAGAAAAGACAGUGGACGCUGGGCAGCCUUGCGUACAGCUGGGGCCUGGGCAUCAAGAUGUCCCUGCUGCUUUCCCUUCCGGCCGUCGCCGUCGUGCUUCUUCUCGGAAGAGGGUUUGGCGGCAGUCUUCGCCUGGCCGCCCUCAUGGCGCAGCUGCAGCUUGCCAUGGCGGUUCCGUUCCUGUCGACAAAUUGGAAAGGGUACUUGGGGAGGGCCUUUGAGCUUUCACGGCAGUUCAAGUUUGAAUGGACAGUGAAUUGGCGCAUGCUGGGGGAAGGCUUGUUCCUGAGCAAGCAUUUCGCCCUGACGCUUCUAGUCCUGCACGCAUUGGUGCUCCUCGUCUUCAUCAGCGCCAGGUGGCUCCGGCCGGCGAACCGAUCAAUGGCGUCGUUGAUGCCGCCCAUGCUCCGCGGCAAAUCACCUUUUAGCAAGUCGGAGCAAGUCUGGGUUUCCAAGCGAGUGACUCCCGAGUACGUCAUGACGACAAUUCUCUCGGCCAACGUCAUUGGCCUCCUUUUUGCUAGAUCUCUGCACUACCAGUUCUAUGCGUACCUAGCCUGGGCAACUCCGUAUCUGCUGUGGAGGGCCUGGCCGUACACGCCUGCCGUCUACCUGCUGUGGGCGGUGCAAGAAGCCGCUUGGAAUACAUUCCCGAGCACAGAUCUCAGCUCGGCGGCAGCGGUAAACGUGCUCGUGGUAACGGUUGUCCUGGUCUAUUUCAAGGCCGUCGAUCCCGCCAAGCCUGGAGGGCCCGACCAUUCGGCGGGGACUACAACAAAGAAGACGCGGUAA